UGGGUUCGUGAUCCGUCAAAGAAAGUUCGAAUUCAAUAAAAAUUGUGUAUCUUUUUGAUUAUUAGCUAAAUCUAACUUUGGUGUAUAGUCUUCGGAUUAUUAUUUGAAUAAAAUGUGCUAUUGCUGUCUCAAAAUCUAAGUAGAAGACAUGAGUAAUAAUAUAGAAAAUGAUAGAUCGCUUACAGCUGGAAAAAUGUAUCCCAUUGACUUAGCGCCACAAAAAAUAACAAUCGUGAAAAGUAUGCCAAACACAGAAGUGAAAAUGGCACAUCUGAUCCCGGGUCCGCCGAAAACAACCAACGCGAGUCAGAUUAUUACACACAGCGGAAUGGGAUCCAUUGGUGCUAUGCGUACGGCGACAUCAAUUAUCACUCCAGGCGUCACAUCUCAGCCUCAAAGCGUUUCCCCUAUUAUACAUGCAACCCAAAUUGUAAGUCAAGGUUCUAGCCAAAUACUCAGUCAAGGGUCCCAAGUCAUCAAUCAGACUCAAAUUCUGCCUAGUGGACAGUUGCUGAGUCCAAAUACACAGAUCAUCAGUCAGGGAACUCAGCUGUCUGCACAGGUUUCCUCCAAUAAUGCACAAGUCAGCAAUGGAUCAUCGGUCAGCAGUACGCUACUCAAUGUUGGUGGUGGGCUUGCCAGUGGUGCCGGCAACCUGGUUGUGAGCUCAUCUGUGCGCACCCUGCCUCCUAGUGUGAGGGUACUACCACCCUUACCCCAUCAUAAUAAUAAACCAGUGUUGACAAGCGCUACAAACACUGGUGGUGUAUUGGUGAGCAAGAGUGUGACAAGCCACGUCCCUCGCGGUCUUGCAGCGGGAGCAUCUCUUGCUGUGAGACCAGUUGUCAAUGCUGUGCCCUCUGGUGCUCAAGGUGGAGCAUGGUCUAACCGCGGUGCGCGCGGUGCGCUGGUGUACGGUAGCCGCGCCCGCUCGCCCGCCCCCCGCGCCACUGCCCCGCACGCCGCCGCCCCCGCCACUACAGUGCUCACAUCGAGCAGCGUAAUAUCGAGUACGGUCCGCUCCCCCGCGCCGCCCGCGCCUGCCGCUCGGCCGCUACCACUGUUGCAGAGAAACUAUCAGCCCACUAAGGUGGUGAACGUAGCGAACGUUGGUCUCCGCGGUGUGGUGGGCAACAGCGCCCCACCGCAGUUGUACUACGAGGUGCCGCGCGCGGCGCACCCCGCCCCGCCCCCCGCGCCGCACUCUGCCCCUCACGCCCCGCCCCCCGCGCCGCACUCCGCCCCUCACGCCCCGCCCCCCGCACCGCACGCCCCGCCCGCAGCGCCACUGCAGCUGCCGCGCCUACUAGCACCGUACUCGCACGCGCCGACCGCUCAAGUGAGCGUGGUGAGCUCUGCGCCGGGAGCGGAGACCCGCGGCGCUGCCGUCAGCGCGGCGCAGCCCCGACCUACCAUACUGCGGAAACGGGACGUCGAUGGAUCCCCCACGAAAGCGUUACCGCUGUCGAGUGGGGGCGGUACGUGGGAGGACGUAGGGCGGGGCGGCGGGGGCGGGGCGGGCUGGGAGGACGUGCCGCGCGGGGGCAGGGCCGGGUCCGGUUCGACGACCGUGUCGGCCGCCAGCUCGCCGCCGCCCGACGACGAGCCCCGACACGAUAUGUCGCCGAGGAAGAAGCCACGCAAGCAGAUCCUGAGUAACGAGGUGCGACAGUGCGAGUUCCCCCCCGAGACGAAGUCGCCGACGCCGCCGCCCCCGCCGCCGCCCGUGCCGCCGCCUAAACGGCCGACGCUGCGCGGCACUUUCGUGUGCGGGUGGCGCGGCACGGCGCUGCACUUCACGCGGCCGGCGGAGGUGGUGCGGCGCGAGUGCCGGCGCGACCUCGCCGCGAUCGCCGCCCAGCGCCACGUGCUCACCAGCGCCGACGGGUGGAAGGUCCACCAUCUCACCGCGCAGAUGGACGAUCUGGUGUCAUUGGAGGCGGACGUGGGAGAGCAGCUGACUGUGGUGCUGCAGUCGCUGGAGUCGUCGACGGGCCGCGGUCACGCCACACUCAAGCCGCUGUCGCAUACGCUACUCGAGCUAAUUAAGGGUAACAUACAAAGAAGCAAAAUAGUGUGCGAAGGCAUACAAGAGGCUCGCGAGGACAUCCUUCGUGUAUUCAAACACAGGAACUUUGUCUCCGAGAUACUGACACGGCAGUCCGAGAAGAGGUGCUUCAGAAAACACCGGUCCAUGUCAUAGCAUAAACACUCAAGCAAACAUAAGCACAAACGGAAAUGAUACACUUAUGUUUUAAAUGAAUAUUUUUGCAUAAUAAUAAUACAAUAACAUACAUUGUUAUAUGUUAUUUUGUUCUUAUUUAUUAUGAAAUAUGAAUAUCGAAUUCUGUUAAACAUUUUACUGUUGUAAGGGAAGAAUGCAUACUAAACUUAAGUUAUAGAUUAUAAUAAUUAAUGUACUAUGUAAAUAAUGUAUAAAUGUACAUCUAAUGUUUUAAAGAAUGUAAUUUUUUCUAUCUUUGAAGAGUGUUUGAAGUUAUGUUGUGAAUUUUUUGGUGAAAAAAAUAAAUUAAUUAAUGGCUUCA